AUGUUUCUCUCAUUCAUUUUUGUCACGGCUCUUGCGGCGAAGCUAAGUUCCGCCACUGUCGGUGCGAAUUGGUUAUUCCCCGACGCUGAGUCAGGAAGCAAUCUCAUCAACGAUGUCACGUUCCCCUUUGACUUGAGCAGGGCCCCUCAGCAGGCAGGCUUUUACUUUGCGCAACAGUUCAAUUUCGACUAUGCCGACGAUAGCACCUACAGUGGUGCGCAACAGUUCUAUUACGACUAUAACCAGCCUAGUGCCUACAUUGGUCUGCAGCCGCAGCCAAGAAACGCGAGCGGCAGUGUCAUUCGUGCUGCCUUCUCCAGCUUCAUUAACGGCACCACCACGAAUUCGUCCCUAUGCUAUUAUGGGGCAGACGGCGGCCCCGGUGUCAGCUGCGGCGUCGAGUUUAACGGUGAUUACUCCCACAAGUACGAUUGCGUCGCGGAAACGACCGAUGGGGGUAAUACUUGGCGAGGCACCGUGGUGAACACUAACACUGGAGCCUGGCACUCCAUCGGUGAAUGGACUCUGCCCAAGAAAGCGGCCGGUAUUGGGCCGCGGGGUCUCGGAUUUGCUGAAUAUUACUCGUAUCCUCGCGAUCAGUACAACACGGAAAUUUGCAAUGCCCUGCCUUCGACGGAAGUUUCCUUCUUCUCGCCGUCUAGCAGCACCAACCGCGCCGGUGAAGGGGUAAUUGAGAAGCCGUACGAAUACGGUGUCUGUGAACACAGGUCUGCUUUCAGAACUUGGGGUGUUAGUGAAGGUUACCAUGUCAAGACAGGCUUUCAGGGCCAAGGUCGCGGUCAUUGGUGGUCUUGGUAG